AUUGAUUUGUUCCUUAUCCUUUGCUUCAUAUACGCAUCAAAUCAGACCCUUUUUUUGUUCUAUUCUGGGUUUAUUUCAAUUACAGCUUUGGCUUAUUUAUUGGCUUGUUUCAUAUUUUUCUAUGAUGAUUUCUUUUUGGUGUUUUGUUUAUAGUUUUGUGAGAUUGGUUGAUGCCCAUCUAGGCAUCUAAGUGUGUUAUUUUUUUUUUUGCUAGUUUUGUGUAUAAAUUUUCCAACACCAUAUGAUAUUGGAUUUUUUUGGGAUUACUAGUCUUCAAAUAAAACCAAUGAAUUGAGUCUUUACUGUCAGCAGCCCUUUGAUUAUUGGUAUUAAAUGGUACUAAUGAGAAUGAGUUUUAUUUUAAAAUUUCCCGUGAUGUGAUAUGCCAUUCUCAUGAUAAUGAAGCGUUCAAUCUCAAACACGUGUUUUUCUUACCAAUUUUUCAUUAACUCCUUUUCAAGUGGUAAUGUAUUUUGUGAAAGUAAAAGUGAUUGGAAUAGUACAAGCAUGAUCAUACAAUGAUACAAUUUAUCAGCUAGUAUUCCCAGCUAAAUUAGCUUUAUUUUUCAUUACCAUCUCACCCUUCAAUACCAAUAACUAAACGGCCAGUCAAGGUUUUAGCUUUAGUUUUGGUUGAUGUAAGUAACAAUUUUGAGGAUGAAUUUUGCAUUGUCCACAUUUCAAACUUAGUAGGGUUUUGUGUAAAUGAGCGUAUUGACUAUUGAAGAUUAAGCAUGAGUAGGUUUUCAGGCUUUCGAUUCGGUACGUGUACUCGUGUUUGGGUGAUGGGGGAGACAUAAUUCGUUGGUAUUCUUGCACACUAAAGAGAAUGUGAGUAUAUGAGUACUAUGUAAGGAGAGAAAUAAAGGGUUUUCUUGUGUGUCCUUUUAGAUUUUUUUUCCUUGUGGUCUGGACUCGCACAAGUUAAGGUUCUUAGUAGGAAAGAUGGGGAAGAAAAUUCAAGGAGAAUGCUAUGUACCUAAAAAGUUUAUGCAAUUAACCAUCUACUUGAGUAGCAUGUAGAAGAAACUCAUGGAAAUUAUUCUUGGAGUUUGUCUUAAAAAUGCUGCAACUAUGAUGGUGACCCUUUAUAUGGACCCUGAAAUAAUGAAAUGCAUGUUUUCUAUUGGACGGUAUCAAGGCGUUGCAAUUGACAAUCUAGAAUGUGAGAAUUGGUACAUGGCUUGUUUAACUAGGUGGCAAAUAAGGUUUCCUUGUCUGUAUUAUGCAUUUGAUCAUACCGUAAUUGAAUAUGACAAUGGCACAAGUGUCCAGGAAGUUUUUUGUAGCCUCAAUAUUCAUGUGGAUACUUCCUAUUGCAAUCUUAUACGGGUUUCAGCAUGACUGGUUCCCUGGUUUUUCACAUAUAUCACCUUAUUCUCAGACACUGUUAAGUGGAUUUAUGGCUGUUAUAUCAGUUAAUAUCAUGCUAGCCUUCUACAUCUGCAUGGCAAUCAAAGAGCCUAAUGACAGGCAUGAGCCGGAUCCUGCUUUUGUAGCAAAAGCUAAGGCUAGCAUCACUAAACCAAGCAAUGCUGCUAAACAGGACUAGGUUACGCCUGUACAGAUCACGACGAAAGCCUGCCUAGAGGCGAAAACGAGAAGGUGAGCAGUUGGAAACACUGCCAAUGUAGGAAUACUUUUGAAAUUUGAUUUAUGGUUUAUUUUUUUGUUGGCUCUCUUGUGAGAGCUCAAUGAGACGACCUCAAUAUAAAGAGUUCAUGUUCAAAUAAUUUGUAUUAGACUAUUUAAUCCAUGCAUGGUGCGUGUCUUACGGUGAGACGGUCU